UAUUCAUAUCAGCACGCUGGGUCAGCGCCGGCUACAGACAAAGAGAACUCUUGAUAUAUCAUAAUAUAUAUACUUUACAACUGUAGAGAAAAUUUUUUGAUAAAGUCUUCGRUUAGAAGCUAACAUGGAAAAACUCACUUUAACUUCAACAAAUAUGGAAGUGUAUAAGCAUCCAAGACACGUUCCCGGUUACCUUGGUUACACACCUACCAUUAAGUACAGAUAUGGCGACACAUUCGGUAAUACUACAGCCAAGUGGUUUAACGACUACAGACAAGAUACACUUAAAACUAGCAAAGAACGAAUGGGGAGGGGAGGUGAUAAACAUAUCCCAUUCCCUACUUACUAUACAAAGAACCCUGAUCACGUGGUUGGAACCCGGACCAAGUCUCGUGACCGAUGGCUUGCAGCACCGAAAUACCAGUUGUUCAACGUUGAUGAUAGAGGUGUAGCUGUCAAGAAAUUUGACGUGGGAGCGCAACAUCACAGAGAACAUUACCGGGACCGAACCGAAACAGUUCCACCUGUAAAUGUGUUUAUACUACCGAAAAUAUCAUAUGAUACCAUGCCUCCAUUUUAUCAAAAAGAAGGUAAAAUAUCCGACCAUCGAAAGGCAGUGGCCUUCGCUAAUCAAGUGUACAGGACUAUGAAGACAGAUUCCCUCGCUAAAUCGUCUGUAGAAACACGCAGGAUUCGAGACGUUUUCUUUGAGAGAAGAUAAAAAUCUUCUGAAUAGCCAAAGUCGAGUAUUAUCCAUUCCAUCGUGCUAACAACAAUCAGUUCUUUGAGCAUUGAAAUAGCAAUAAAUACACACAUCUACACAAACCAGAAGAAGAAGCAUGACAAAAAAUAAUAUAAAGAGUGAAAUUAUGAAAAAAACAUAAAAAGAUCGGAAAAAAUUAAGCUAACGCAUUGUACAGUAAAUGAAAAAUGACGCGUUUCCUAUUGGAUAAAAUAAUUUUAAAAGUCUUAUUUAUUUAUUUAUUCAUAUGAAAUAAUGGCAGGCGCGGAAUUGGCAAUAAAACUUUAUAGCACGAUUGGUUUUCCCCUCUCUUUACAUGUAAUUAUCUACAUGUAUUACRUUUUUCAAUAAAAUUUAA